UUACCUCCUAUCCACUUGGUUUACUCGUAUAUCUAUCCCUUAACUUAGAAUGGUCCUUCAACGACACUGGCUAUUUAGUUGCUCCUCCCCGACUCUGUACGGUCCAGCAUCUUUUCCAUCCUCAGUAACUUUCUCGAUAUCCAAGCCUUAGCCGUAUUUCAGUAAUUGGCACAAUCACAAUCCUUGCGAUUCCUCCUACGCCACUUAGCGGGCGUCAACGUCAACAAUAAAUGCAAGGGGCACCAAUCAUGGUGUCUUCAGGGUCUUCCAGAUUGCCAUUACAGUUGAAUCCAUGGGAAGACCAGGCCCUCAACUACGGAUUUCCAACCCAGUCUGCUCCUCAUGCAGGAAACGACAGCACUCCUGUUCCGGCUUGGAUACAGCUUCAAGACCCAAUCAUAUAUCCCGGAAUCUAUUCCGCUAGUGGCAUUGAUGUGAUGGGUGUCCUGUUGCGAGUAAUGUCUCGACCAAAUCCUUGCAUUGAUAUCGGGCCUCUCGACUGCUCUGUGUCGCUCACAUUAUGCGAUCUAAGCCAACCCAAUGCUCCCAUCGUCUACGCCUCCCCUGGUUUCUACGAGCUGACUGGCUAUUCUCCCCAAGAGACUAUAGGUAGAAACUGUCGGUUUCUGCAAUACCCCCCUCAUGUACAGCCGCCGGCCAGAUCCAGUCCUUCAGACAUUCAUGAGCCCGUUACAAUGAUGCGGCAUGCCAUCCGGACCAACCAAGAAGUUCGGGUCCAAGUUCUCAACUAUAAGAAAAACGGCACAACCUUCACCAAUGUCGUCACGAUAUUACCCUUGUGGGCUGAUAAUACCGGGCAUCAUUAUGCUGUGGGGUUCCAGGCUGAAUUAUAGAGACUUGACAUUCGUGUUGAGACGGCUCUCUGAGUUCCAACAACAGGUCCCUAUUCCGCUGUCGUGUAUUAGGAACGAUCUGGUUUUACGACGCCACUUCUUUUGUUUUUCUCUUUCUUAAUCCUUUUGUUUAAUUGUUAAGCACAUUGUUAUUCAAGCCAGCAUAUAGCGAUGCUCCGGAGCGCUUGAGGUUCGACCACGAACAGUACAGUACAGACAGAAACAUAUCUAUCAACUGGUGUUGAGGGGAUACACGAGAAGGACCAUUUGGUUGAUUUCACAUGGUUUCACGCCAACGAGAUAGACUUUCGGCUUUAUAUGGCGGGUUUGGGGC